AUGGAAAGUAAGCCUUUUUGUUGGGUUCUUUUAGCCUUUUUCAUUCUGUUAUGCUUUGUGGCUCAAACUCAUGGGAGGAUGAAAGAGCAAGGCUUACACCAUCUCUACAAGUCCAUUUUGAAGGCAGAUUUUGGUCUCGACACGAGCCUUUUCCAGGCAGCUGACCUUAUCGUCGAUCAAACCAAUGUUCUUCCUCAGCAGGGCUUGAAAGAGAGAGAUUGGAUUAAGGCAUGGCCAGGACAACCCCCCGUGAAAUUCUCUCAAUAUAGUGGUUAUGUCACCGUGAAUAAAGCUGCCGGUCGUGCGCUCUAUUACUACUUCGCUGAAGCUCAACAGUAUAAGGAUACAUUGCCUCUUCUUCUUUGGCUCAACGGAGGGCUUUCCUUUUAUAAGGGAGACAAAGAAAGAUGGUAG